UCGUACGUAGAUGAACGAUGAAUUUUUCUCCUGUAUAUUUACAUUAACGAUGAGAACUAUAUUACCUAUGAUAAUACUCUUCCUGAUUUCAAGAGUAAAGGCACAGCGUUAUGGCAUUUGGAACUAUGAAAUUAUUCUCAGUGAUGGACCUUCGUUACCUCCUGAAGAGAUAAUUUCAAGUCAUCAUCUCAAACACGAUGUCCAAGUGAACUGCAACAUCCUUUGCUACGAGGAAAAAAGUUGUGCUGGCUUUAAUUUCAGGACAACAACUAAUGAUAAAGACGCAAUUAACUGUCAACUUACAAACACAACAGACAGAAAAAAGAAUAUCGGAGUCGGUGACUGGACUAUAUUUCACCAAGUUAUCGAGAGGUGUAGUGACCCGUCAAACAGAGAAAGGAGAAGCGGUGUUUACAAGAUAAAUGCAGAUGGAAAUGGUAGCUUUGAAGUAUAUUGCGACAUGAAAACAUCAGGAGGGGGCUGGACGGUGUUUCAACGACGUCUUGAUGGCAGUGUCAAUUUCUACAGGGAAUGGCAAGACUACAAACACGGCUUUGGUGAUUUAAAUGGGGAAUUCUGGCUUGGCUUAGAUAAAAUCCAUAGGCUUACAUCAAAUUCAGAAAAUGAAAUCCGCAUCGAUAUGGAGGACACUUCAGGAAACACUAAGUAUGCAAAUUACGAUUUUUUCAAAGUUAAAAGCGAGCUGCAGAGUUAUACUUUGAAAAUUGGAGCGUAUAGUGGCACGGCGGGAGACUCUCUCUCGAUACAUAACAGCAUGGCAUUUACGACCAGAGAUCGCGACAAUGAUCUAUGGCCUGGCAAUUGUGCCAGGUCAUUCAAAGGUGCAUGGUGGUACCAGCAUUGUCACAAAGCUAAUUUAAAUGGUAUGUAUCUGUAUGGUUCACACCAAUCGUUUGCUAAUGGUAUCAAUUGGUGGUCAUGGAAAGGACAUCAUUAUUCACUAAAAGCAACGUCAAUGAAAAUCCGACCACUGGGCUGCAAAGUUGACGAGUUGGCGGUGUUUUCGUAAGGCAGCAUUCUUAGAACCAUCAACAGAUUAUAAAAGACAUAUAUAAUAUGAAAAAUCAAAGUUACUUACAUUAUGCGGGGACAUUUUAAAAAUAUUUGCCAAAGAAAACCAACCAAACUACCCACACAGACACGUGUGAUACAUUAUAAGUCUUACCGAGGUCUUUUUGAACAGCCCUAGCUCGAAGAGCGAGGUUUGUACAAAAAGAUCGAGGUCCGAUAUUUCUCGGUGAAAAA